GACGCCCAACACCCUCUCCUAGCUGUAUAAAACGCGUGCCCGGCAUCCACUCCCGCCCACGUUUCUGCCUUGCGUCUUCUGCAAGCUUACGACCCCACGUCCACGCCCCCGAUAUCUACCUUUCCUCGCUCCAGCCUGCUCUUCACCAUGUCGGCAUCAGACGAGCUCCAUCAGGUUGUCCUCAGAUGGCCUUAUUCAGAUGCCCACCAUGUUAUUGUAACAGGCUCUUUCGACCAGUGGUCUUCCUCUGUCAAUCUCACUCGUACCGCGAAUGGCUUCGAAGCCCCUGUUCGCAUCCCAUGGCAAGAUAAGAUCACCUACAAAUUCAUCGUCGACGGCCACUGGGUUACUUCCGACCGCGAGCCAACAGAGACUGACCACGGAGGCUUCGUCAACAACGUCUACACUGCACCAUCACGACCAGAACCGCCAGCGGUCGUCGAAGAACCACCAACAGUCGACGUCCCAGAACCGGAGCCUCAAGCGACUCCGACUGCGAAAGCGGCAGAGUCUGACGCCGCUGGUACGGGCACUGGUAAGGAGGUCGAGACACGACUCUCGUUCGUGGGACUGAUCGGAGGUACAGUGUCUUCAAUCGCAGGCCAGCUGCAUGAGGCCAUCGUCGCUCCAGCCGUCGCUUUCGCGAACCAAAUUGACGAGGCGUACGAUGCGCCCACGCCCGCCGUUGAGGCCGAGCCACGCAGCUUUAUCCAGGAGGUUAAGGAUGCGAUCUCUCCGACCGUGUCGGCCGCUGAGCCUGUUGUAGAGAAGGCGAAGGAGACGGCAGCGCCGGUCGUUGCGGAGGUUGAGGAGACUGCCGCGCCGGUCGCGGAGAAGGUGCAGGAGAGUGUUGCGCAAGUUGCUCCUAGUGCUACGGAGGUAGAGAGCAGGGAGGCCGAGGUCGAGGAUAUCGAGGUCGAGGCGAGCACCGCGCCCGCUGUGCCUAUCCCCAUUCUCCCCCUUGCUACUGCUUCUGUCCCUGAGCCAGAAAUUAUCCCCGGGAGCGCCAUCACUUCCGCUCCACCUCCCGACGCAGAGGAGGGUCCAUCCACACACACUGCCAUCGCUCCAGAAGAGACCGAACCCACUAAAGAGGCCUCCGAAGCCGACGUCGCAGCCGUUCCCACAGCUGCUGCUGAACCUCCAGUCGUCCAAGUCCCAGCCAUCCCAGCCGAAUCGACCGCCACAGAAGUCGCGCCACCUGUUCUCGCAGCGCAGCCUGAAGGUGAGCCGAAGGACGUCGAGGUCAAGCCGGUGACGGAGGAUGCCGUCGCCACCGCCGCAGCGGAGGUGCCCGUCGAGGCCGUCGAGGUGGUGGAAGGCGAGAAGAAGGUGGAGGCCCCGGAGGUGUUGGCUGCUCCGCCCGUCGUUGGUGAAGGUAAAGAAGUCGUUCCCGUGGCCGAGGUCUCCGGAAAUGAAACGGUAGCUGAGACUACCACUGCACCCGAGACGGUAGCGCCAUCGACACCUCCACCUCCAGCAGCAGAGUCGACCCCAGCCCCAGCUGCUCCAGUCAAUGGUUCUGCGAACGGCACGUCUGCGCCUGUACCCGUACCCGUUACGCCCACCAAGAAUGGCCGGUCGUCACCUGCGCCUGCUAGUGAAAGGAGUACUACCACCAGCUCUCCGGGCGGGACGACGAAGAAGAAGUGGCGCCAGAGCUUGGCGUUCCCCAGCGAGAGCAGCACUAAAAGUGGUGGUGACAGUCCUGAGCGGUUCCCGAGCGUGCGCGUGAAGCGUAAGAGCAGUGUCUUUGGCAAGAUCAAGGGCCUCUUCGGGAACGAGAAGGAGAAGGGAGAGAAAGGGAGCUCGCCUUUGAAGAAGUGAGCGAGCUCGAAUUUUACGAGGCGGUCCUCGUGUUCGUGAACUGCCGUGUUUUCGGUCCUUCCUUUGUCCUUGGUUGAAGCUUUUCUUCGUUCUCGCCCGGGUUCCGAACAACGCGACACAAGUAUGCAUACUCUUCUACUUCUUCGGUUCGGUGGUCUCUGUUGUUUUCCUCAUAUAUUUUCUUUGUCUCCUUGUGGAAUCAUAUCUUCUGCAUCUCUCACUCCUCGCCUCUUCCCUCUAUUUCCCGCGCUCUUAUAUUGCUUCCCCCCUCUCUAUUUAUGUUAGAGUUAUCGAUGUUCUGUGUUCUGUGUACCAUCUGCAUAUUUUGUCUGUCUGUCUCUGUUUCUGUCUAGUCUAGCCCGUAGUCACUCGGAUACCUCUCCCUCCCUCUCUCUAUCUCUAUCUCUCUCUUCCCUCUUUCUCCUGCACCGCACUCACACUCACACCCACAUGCCUCCCACCCACCCAUCAUCCAUAACAUAUCGUCACGAGCUACGAGUUCCUCUAUGUCCCUUACGAUCACCCUUUCAUGUCUGUUGCAACGUCCUCAUAUCCC